GCAGUUUCAUGAAUCUUACGUAUAGCCUAAAUAUGUAUGACAAGUACCACCAAUUAAAGUGAAGUGUUUCAUGAUACCCCACUAUGACGUAACUGCCAAGCGAUCUCUCAAAGUGUGUCACUGUAUCCGUUCGUGCUGUGGUUAUUAGCAAAUAUGGUGAACGUCGGCGAUCCCGUGAAAGUGUCGCCUCUUAUAAAGUUCUUUAGGUAUUCCUUCCUGAUAGCAGGGAUUUUCUAUGGCGUAUCAAGGAAAAAAGCGCUGGAAAUCUUAGAAGAAGGGCGGCGCGAAGAACGCGAAAGGUUUAAGGCCGAGAGGGAUGCUAAACUAGCGGCAGAGAAAAAAGCGGCCUCUGAGAGGGAUAUCCAACAGAUUGUUUCUAUUUUCAUGCCCAACAAACCUAGGUUCAAGCUUGAAGGUCAAAGUUUGAAUACCAAACGCAGCAAUGAGCAGCCAACUGAGAGAAAUAUUACCAGUUGCUUCGUGGAGGAGCUGCAUCAGUAUAACAAAGAAGAAAUGGACCUAUCACCGUUGAACGACUACGCAGUUGAGAAUGGUGACGAAGGAUGUACUACCAUCCCAAAGGCCGAUCAAAUUGACGAUAUCAAUAUGUUUAGUGGCACAAAUGAUACUGAACAAGACUCGAGCACUUACUUUGUGCCACAGACUGAUGACGUACCUUUUGCUGCUGGAGAGAGCGAGAAUUUUUAUCCCAAGGAUGAUGAUGACGAUGACUUAUAAGAUCAAUAAUUUAUUACUCUUAUUAAUAUCGACAUUUGUUAACUGUUGUUGAUUUAAAUAACAAACUUAGAUGAGACUCCUCUGUGUUUACUCACUAUUAUAGUUGUACUUAAAUAAAGGCUGGCUUAGAU